AGUGUUGGAAGUUUCGACUGGAAAGUGUAAACCGGCUAACUUCCAGUUUACUAUCAUUGAAUACAAAACAAUUUAAUUAAAAUUGAUAUUAAAAGAGAUGAGCUUACGAGCACAGAUUGGUCCAUCAAUUUUAAAUGCUGACUUGUCUCAGCUUCAUAGUGAGUCUCAGAAGUUGCUUGAUAAUGGAGCAGAUUAUUUGCAUUUAGAUGUAAUGGAUGGUCAUUUCGUUCCUAAUCUGACUUUCGGCCAUCCUGUUGUGAAAUGUUUACGUAGCAAGAUCAAGGAAGCUUUUUUUGAAACGCACAUGAUGGUUUCGAAACCGGAGCAGUGGAUUAAUGAGAUGGCUGAUGCACAAGUUGAUCAGUACACAUUUCAUAUAGAACCUGUUGAGGAUGUUGCUGCUGUUUGUCGGAAAGUUCGAGAAGCGGGAAUGAAGGUUGGAUUAGCGAUAAAACCUAAAACACCAGUAGAAGCUGUCGAACUGUUCAUUGAGAUGGCAGAUCUUGUACUUAUUAUGACAGUUGAGCCUGGUUUUGGUGGACAAAAGUUUAUGGAAGAUAUGAUGCCUAAAGUCAAGAGACUUCGCGACAAUCAUCCUCUUUUGAACAUUGAAGUCGAUGGUGGCGUUGCUUUGAAUACAAUUGACUGCUGUGCGAAAGCUGGAGCCAACUGGAUUGUUUCAGGGACAGGAAUAAUAAAAGCACAAGAUCAACAAGCAGUUAUGAAGCAAUUGAAAGAUUCUGUCACUCAAGCCAUUACUGAAUAUUCAAAAUAAUUUUUAAUUGAAUUUUAAGAAGAAAAAAUUAAAUUGUGAUCGAAAUUUUUUAAUAAAAUGUUGAUUUGGUUCUUCGUUCCUGGAAA